GUAUAGGAGAGAGAUCGAUCAUAACUCAAGCAAAUAUCAUACCUGCAAUUCUUGUUUAUAUAUGCUUGAUCUCGUGUAGUUGAUUUCAAAAAACCACCGACUGAAACUAGAGGGAGAUGGCUGCAGCGCCUCUAGGGCUUCUCAAUCUCGAGGAAUCACCGUUAUGGGGGUCUCGGACAGUGGAUUGCUUUCAGCAAUUAGAGCACAUUGGCGAAGGAACGUACGGUCAAGUAUACAUGGCCAGAGAAAUCAAAACAGGAGAAAUUGUUGCCUUAAAAAGGAUACGCAUGGAAAAUGAAAGAGAAGGGUUUCCUAUAACAGCUAUCCGGGAAAUUAAAAUUCUAAAGAAGCUACAUCAUGAAAAUGUUCUAAAACUGAAAGAGAUUGUAACGUCUCCAGGUCGUGAGAAGGAUGAGCAGGGGCAUCCUGAUGGUAAUAAAUACAGAGGUGGCAUCUACAUGGUUUUUGAUUACAUGGACCAUGAUUUAGCAGGCCUGUCUGAUCGUCCUGGAUUGAGAUUUUCAAUUCCUCAGGUCAAGUGUUAUAUGAAGCAGUUACUGACUGGGCUUCACUACUGUCACGUCAAUCAAGUACUUCACAGGGACAUCAAAGGUGCCAAUCUUCUUAUAAAUAAUGAGGGAAUUUUAAAGCUUGCUGAUUUUGGCCUUGCACGGUCAUUUGCCAGUGACCAUAAUGGAAAUCUUACAAAUCGUGUUAUUACUUUGUGGUAUAGGCCACCAGAAUUGCUGCUAGGAGCCACAAAGUAUGGCCCUGCUGUUGACAUGUGGUCCGUCGGUUGUAUCUUUGCUGAGCUUUUGUAUGGAAAACCAAUUUUGAAUGGGAAUAAUGAGCCUGAACAAUUGAAAAAGAUAUUUGAGCUUUGUGGAUCUCCUGAUGAGAACAACUGGCCUGGUGUUUCCAAGAUCCCUUGGUAUAACAAUUUCAAACCAGCAAAGCCCUUAGAGAGACGUGUCAGGGAGGUUUUCAGGACUUUUGACCGUCAUGCUCUGGACUUGGUAGAUAGAAUGCUCACUCUUGAUCCAUCCAAGAGAAUAUCUGCCAAGGAUGCUCUGGAUGCUGAAUAUUUCUGGAAUGACCCCUUACCUUGCGAUCCCAAGAGCUUGCCUAAAUAUGAAUCAUCACAUGACUUCCAGACAAAGAAAAAGAGGCAGCAGCAGCGAAAAAAUGAAGAACAGGCAAAGAGACAGAAAUUACAGCACCCACAGCAGCAUGCUCGCCUGCCUCCAAUUCAACAUAGUGGGCGAGCUCAUCCUCAACAUUGGCAUGGGCCUAAUCAUCCCACAAACAAUUCCCAGCCUACAGUGCCUGCUGGACCUAGUCACCAUCAGUAUGGAAGGCCUCAUGGUCUUCCUGGAGGUCCAAACAGGUACCCUUCAAGCGGAAACCCUAAUGGGGGCUAUAACCCAAAUCAUGGGGGUCAAGUUGGAGGGUACAGCAGCGCACCAUAUCCACCACAAGGACGUGGCCAACCAUAUGGGAGUGGCGUGCCUUCUACUGGUCCCAGAGGAGCCACCAGUGGCUAUGGGGUUGGCCCUCCAAAUUACUCCCAAAGCAGUCAAUAUGGAGGUGCUGCUGCUGGUAGAGGUCCCAAUCCAAUGGGUGUUAAUCGAAAUCAACAGUAUGGUUGGCAACAAUAAAGGAUGGGACUUCCAUUUGAAGCUUGGAAGAAUUACUGACUGAAGUUUUCGGAGAGCAAGAUUACAUUGGAUUUGAGCCCUGUUCAUAGUUGGAGUUUUGCAACUUAAUUGGGAUCGAUCGCAUACUGACUUGUAUAGUUUCUUGUUACCAUUUAUUAGUGACAUGAAUUAAAAACACUGGAAAGUUCAUUGUAUUAAAUUUAUGUAACACUUCCCAGACAACACAAGGAGUAUCAGGACAUAACCUCUUAACUCACUAGGAAUCCAUUUUCCCCUUUUGAUGAUGAAA